AUGGAGGGAGAGGAAGUGAGGGAAGUGUACGUGGACGCUGGAGCGAGUAUGGAGGAAGAAAAAAUGGGAAUAGGAUGGGCGUAUAAAAGGAGAGGGGAGGAAUGGAAUACAGGGAAUGAAAGGAUCACCUGGCAGAGCAGCGUGAAUGAAGCAGAGUUAAUAGCGAUAGAGCGAGUGAAUGGCAUGUGGAGUAUGGAGGAGAAUCUGAAGAUAGUCAGCGACUCUGCUAUAGCUGUGGAACGAGUGAAAGCAGGAAGAGUGGUGAAUAAAAGGGUUGCAAGGAUACAGAGGAUACAGAGGAUAAUCACAUGGAGGAGGGGACACGAUGCCAAGAAUGUAGUAAAUGCGAAGGCCCAUGAGAAGGCCCAGAAGGGCAUCAACAAGGAGCAAGUCUCGGUAAGUGUGAGAAAGAUUCAUAAUAAAGUGGAGGAAAGAAAGCGAAUAAAAGAGAGUAUAAAGAGAGAAUGGCAAAGAAAAUGGGAGAGGGGCGAGACUGGGCGACUGUUCUACAGAUUUUGUGGGGCAGUCGGGCAUGAAUCAUUGGAUCUGUCGCGAAAGGCGAUCCAGCUGUUCACCGGGCAUGGGAAAUUCCCGGGAUACCUGGCGCGAUUUAACCUGGGUCCGGAGGUUCCCUGCCGUGUGACUAUGGAGAGCCGGAAACGGCGGAUCAUGUGA